AUGAGCGCGUGCAGCGACGAGGCGCGGACGGGCGGCGAGGGGCGCGUGGCGUUCGGCGCAAGCGCGGCCCGUGGGCGCCAAUCCGGUCUCGGUUUACGCUACGCGGCUCUAACGUAUAUGAAAUUCUCUUUAUGUACGUCCGGAAAACAGCUGGUACUGGAAGAAACCAUAAUAAAACAAAAUAUUAAAACAAAGCGCGUGCCAGAUCAAUGGUUGCGGCCGGGAGUUCGCGCCGCCACCUCAACCGGCAGCGCGGUCCCCGCCCGCCCGCUACGGUACCAACUAGUGCUACAGUCUACUCUACGCCAGCGCCAGCCCUGCUGUUUCCGCCAGCAUCAUCUAACUAGGUGUCUUCCGACUACGGAGCAAACAAUCCUCAACACUACACAAUACGUACCGAUAAGCCGGAAAAGCAAACUAAAUGUAGGUACUCAAGCUCAAAGAGGGUAG